AUGAAGCAAAGUAGCAUUACAAAAAGUAAUGGAGGAACAACAAUCAGCAAUGAACGACAUGUUUCUUUCGAUAGAACGCUUUACCAUAGUACAGCUGCUACGAUUGGCUAGAGAGCGGGCAGUGGUUUGGCAGGAAUAAGACCUAGAUCCCCUAUAAAUGCUUAAGUUUCUAACGCCUAUCAAUCCCUUAAUGAUGAGAAUUAGUUUGAGAACAUCUAAGGAAAGCUUAGUAGUUUGACAGAGGAAUAUAAAAAGAGACAGAUGAAGAUGGAUGACCGUUUAAAAAAGGAGAUAGAAAAUCACUCUAUAGCUGUAGUCACUAAAAACUCUGAAAAAUCUGGAGUUCCCAUUAUAAAGAGUCUUAGCAUCAAGAAAGCAACAUCUCCUUUCCAUAGCAAUGAUUCAUACAUAAAUACUUAAGGUGUUGUUAACACUGGCCAAGAUAAUACCUAGAAAUUCUUCAGAUCUCAGAGAUCAGUGGCCAUGCGAAUAAAAGACACCUAUGAAAACUAAGUUUAAAUAUUAGAGACUGACAAACUUCAGCUAAUCUAAAAGCUGAAUGACAGUCUUUUAUAGCUAGACAAGUUGAACUAAGAAAAAGCAACACUUAGCAAUGAACUGAUUGAAAUACUUAAGUUUGUGAGAGAUAUGUAAAGAGAGACCUAAAAGGGGGAAGACUUAGGGGGUGUUGUGAGUGAUGAAUUAAGAUCAGAACUUAGAUCUGAAAAAGAGCUAUCCCAUUAGCUGAAGGAAGAUUUAAAAGCAGCCGAGCUUGAGAGACUCCGAAUAUUAUAAAGAAUAAAGGAGCUUUCAUCAAUGACACAAGAUGGAGAGAUAAAACAGACUGACAUGAAUAUAAAUUACACUGUGAAGACCAAAACUUUUGGAGACUUGCAAGAAGAGCUUAGAGAUAUAAUUGAGAGAAUAAAAAUGAAUGAAAAUGAUGUUGAUAGACUGAAUGCUAUAAUUAUGGCUAACAAGGAAACUAUCAGAUAAUUAAAAAAUAAGAUUGAUUCCACUAUUGAUGAGAAAAGAAAUCUUCAUAAUAAAAUAGCAUUACUCCAAGAUAGAUAUGACGAGGCAAUAGUCAAUUACUAAAAUGAGAGGCAUGAUACUGAUCACUUAUAGAGUAGACAUAUCAGAAUUAUAAGUACUAACAUCUUAUUUGAAUCACUUAAGGAGAUUCAUCAUAGGAAUUUGUAAAAUGUAUUCAAUCAUCUCAAAUAUAUAACUGAAUCCUAAUUCAAUCAUAAAUAAGGCUUUAGAAAGCUAAGGAAAUUAAUAAAAACAAAUAGUGUAAAUAGACUUAAGAAAUGCCUCUAUAAAUGGUAUAUCAAUGCAUUAAAGCCAAUGAGAUCUAAAAAUUAGCAAUAUAGACUUUCAAUUUGGAUGAAGUCUAAAAACCCGAUGCUUUAUGCUCUCAAGUUUUGGAUUAAUGCCUUUCAUAUUUCUAAGUCGAAUACUCAUAAGAAGAAAUAGAUCUUGAUGCAAAUGAUUUAAUCUAAGAAUGACUAUCAUCUUAGAGUUUCAAAGCAUUUCUUUAUCAAAUGGAGAGACUUUAUUAAAGUAAAUGACGAAGAAAAAAAAAAGAUGAUUCAAAAAAAACUAGUUAAAAAGCAUAGAUCUCAUUUAGCUAGGUACUUUGCAAAAUGGCUUGAAGUUUCUUAAGAACUUGAAAACUAGAUUCAUUUAAAUGGAAUGGCUCUAAGACUUGCUCAUAAAAAGUAUCUGGGUUAAUUAUUCAACUGUUGGAGAGGGGUGAUAACUGAUGUGAAAGCAAAACGAAUAUCUAUUUUAAAUAGAUCAUGGAAGAAUAUGAGAAUUUAUACCUUCACAAGAAAGUAAAUGAGAGGUUAGACGUGGAGUAUACUUAGAGAAGAGAGAAAACGAAGAGAAAAUCUAGUCAAAUGCUGUUUUGAUGCUAUGAGAUAGCACAAACAGUAAGAAAAAUUGAUAUAAGUGACAAGUCUAUUGAAUGAAAUUGAGAUACCUUAAAAAUAGGAAGCCAAUAAUGCUAUCAAAGAAGUUUCUUAGUAGAAUAAAUCUAAAUCAAAGGAGUAGGGAUUGAAAGCAAUUUAGAAAUGCUUUGGGAAAUAAAUCAAUCAAUAUUUCUAGAAAUGGUGUUAGUUUACUGAAUACAAGAGAAAUUUGAUUAAUAAGAACCUUAAAUAAAUGAUCAUCAGAGUUUAUCUUGAGCAUUUGAGAUAAUCAUUUACAGCUUGGAUCAAAUUCAAAGGUGAAUCCAUGAUAUAGUUUCAGUCAGAGGAGGUUUAAUAAGAAGAAUAAGUUAUCUCUCAAACUUAGCAAUAGAUAAAACUCACCUAAAAUGAGAUAGAAGAAAAAGAAGCUAAGCAAAAAUCCUUAAGUAGUAAGUAGAUUAGAAAAAUAAUGAAUAAUCUUGUCUAUAAAAGACAAAUGGAACUUUUUCAGCAAUGGAAGUCGAAUAUUGACAAGACUAUCUUCACUUUAAAUAAGUCUGAAUUCAUCUUGAAAAAAUUAAAUCGAAGAUAAAAAAGAGAAAGCUUUGAUAGAUAUUUGAAAAAGAUCAAUGAAAUAAAAUUAUAGGAACAGUAUGACAAGAAGAUUUAGGAUCAUUAGAAUAAGCACAGAGACAUCUAAAAGAAAAGAGUCUAUAAAGCCAUCUUAACAUUUUCAAAAUAGCAUUACUAAGCAAAGAAUUAUCUUAAAAGAAUGCUUACCUAGUUAGAUAUAUCAGUUAAGGAGUCAGCAUUCAAAAAGUGGAUUAGAUUUAGAUAGCACUAUGAUGAAAAAUCAUUAAAAGGAAAGUAGAAUGACCUAUCCGAGAAACUGUCAGAGUUAAAAGUUCAGAUUGAAGAUAAAAGUGAAAUCAUUAAUAAAGGUUAGGGUGAAUUAUAACUCAUUCAGAGUAGGCUAUCAGAUAAUUGCAUGAAUACAAUUAAGCAAGGAUUCUAAAGAUAGUUCAAAUAUAACUAAUCAUAUGGCUUUAAGAAAUGGUUAGAAUUCAUUCAACUUUCAAGAAAGAGAAAACAAAUGCUGUCUAAAUGUGCCCUUCAUCUAAAUCAAGGUUCUCAAGAAAAAGCAUUUAAAAAAUGGAAAGAAUUUGUAUCAGCUUAAAUUUAGUAAGUAAUAAUUAAUAGCAUUACGUAUGAGGAAAAGUAUAUUGCCAAAGUAGACAGUGAGAUCUAAAAUAGAAACCGUUUACAUGGAAUGAGUGCUGAUCAGGCUUCUUCCGAAUUAAAUAAACUUAGAGAGUAAUAAUAGGAAUUUAUGAAAAAGCACUAAAAUUGUCUCAAGACUUUAAUUGGUCGAGUAGACAAUAAGGAUUUCGUAACAAAGCAAAGAUAUAUUUUGUUGCAAUGGCAUGACUUUGUAUAAAAGAGGAAGAAAUGCAUUAAGAUAUUAGAAAAUGCAAUAUAAAAGACUUUGUGGCAAGAUGGGUUCAAUGCUAUUAAGGAAAAAGCUAAGGCUGUAUAUGAAUAGAGGCAACAAUUGAAUUAAGCUAAUGUAUUGGUAUUGAAGUAUAAUAAAAUAAAGACUAGAUUUGCGUUUGGACAAUGGAGAGUUGCUGAUUAACUCUAAAUUCAAAAUUAGCAUUAAUUAGUAGAGAAAUAAUUAAACACUCUUGUAAAGCACCACAUAUCACUCAAAAGUGUGAUAAAAGAUAGAAUUUAAGAAUAGUUAUUCGAGAGUCUAAGUCACCACAAAGUUUUUGAUGUUUUUAUAGCUUGGAGAAAUAUAAUUAAAACUAAAAUAUUGAUUAAAAGCAAGAUUGAAAUCUAUAGAGAAAACAUUAAGCAAAGUCAAAUAACUAAUGCCAUUAAUAAAUGGAAUCAAAGACUUAAAAAAACUAAAAGAUUCAGAGAUAUCAAAAGUAAAAUUGAUAGAAUCUAUGAUUAAUAACUUAUAAGAAAAGUUUUCAGUACAAUACAUGAGCAGAAGAAUAUUUCUAAGGAUUUCUGCAAUUCACUUGGUUCACUUGCGUCUAUAAUAGAUAGGAUCUAUUUAAAGUAAACUUUUAACAGAGUAAAGCUUGAAUCAUAAAGCUAUCAAUACAGAGCGGAGUAAUCUAAAAUCAAGGGAUCUGAUUUCUUGACUAAUAUACUAACUUAAAUCCUAAGGAAGAGAUAAGCAUAGGUACUUAAUGAUUUAAGAGUAUUCGCUGUAGAAAGCGUUAGUUUAAAUUCAGGCUAAAGGGCAACAGUAAAAUUUUUCAUGAUAAGGAAAAUAAGAGAUUACUUUGAAGAAUGGAAAAAAGAAAGUUAAAGAAGAGAAGUAGUAAGAUUUAUGAAUGAAGAAGGACCAUUGGCUAUUUAAAAUCACAUUUUAAAGAAACUGGUAUACAAUCUCAAGAAAAAAGCGAUUGAUGAUGGGAUUGAGUAAAAAGUAGUUGAUCAAGUUAUUGUAAAUGAUCGAAGAAGAAGCAUCAAAGGUAUUGAAAAAAGUGUAUGUAGGCUAUUCUGCUAUAACGAUUAACUUUACCUUUUACCGAAAUGUCUUGAUAGGUGGAAGUAAUGGGUAAAACUGAGGAAGCAAUACAAAAAAUCUCUUGAUUUACUUAAUAAGAAACUUGAUCCACGCUUAUCAGUUCUUUAAUUUGCUUUUAGGAAAUGGAAAUAUGGUGAUUUAGAAAGAUUUAAUCAACUUAGUUAGAUGACUAAGCCUAAACUGGCAAUGAUAAAUUUUAAAAAUCAAAAUAGCAUUACUGAUCUCACAGACAAUUUAAUCCAUGCAGAUGAAGCCUUAGAUCUACUAACUGGACAAAGAGAUUUUUUGCUUCGUAGGUAUGUUGGAUCUUAAAGACUAGCUCUAGCAGCAUCUAAAGCUUAAGUUAAUAAAACAAAACAAAAAGCUCUAUCGAAAUGGAUAGACAGCUCUCAUUCAUUUGUCUCUGAUUAAUAUGAGGAUGCCUUAAAGGGUAAUUUAAGAAAGAUACAAGCUCUCAAAGAUAGAAUUAAGGCCUUAGAAAAAAGUAAUGGAGAUAUAGCUGAUUAAAAUGAAGACCUUCGCACAGGUGCUCUGGAUGGAAUAGAAAUGGCAAAACAAAUAGAUGAUCUCGCGAGAGAAAGGGAAAAACUUAGUGUAGACCUCGCUGAUAAAGCCAUAACCAUUAGAAAACUACUCGAAGACAAUUAUAAUUUAAGUAUAAGACUAACAAACGCAUAAGAUGAAGCACAAAAUCUAAUAAGAGUAUCACAAAUGAAACUGGGUAAAACUAGCGAUCCAAUUUAUGAUGAUUAUUGA